UCGGAGCUGACAGCUGCUGGGAAGGUGGCGGCGGCGGGCCCGGAGCAAGAUGGCGCUGCGGCCGGGAACGGGAGCUGGCGGCGGCGGGGCCGCGGGAGCUGGCGCGGGAGCUGCCGGGCGAGGCAGCUUCAUGUUUCCAGUUGCAGGUGGAAUAAGACCCCCUCAAGCAGGUCUGAUGCCGAUGCAGCAACAAGGAUUUCCUAUGGUCUCUGUCAUGCAGCCUAAUAUGCAAGGCAUGAUAGGAAUGAAUUACAGCUCUCAGAUGUCCCAGGGACCUAUUGCUAUGCAGGCAGGGAUACCAAUGGGACCAAUACCAGCAGGAGGCAUGCCUUACCUGGGACAAGCACCAUUCCUAGGAAUGCGUCCUCCAGGCCCACAGUACACUCCAGACAUGCAGAAGCAGUUUGCCGAGGAGCAGCAAAAACGAUUCGAACAGCAGCAAAAGCUCUUAGAAGAAGAAAGAAAAAGACGCCAGUUUGAAGAGCAGAAGCAAAAGCUCAGACUUCUGAGUAGUGUGAAACCCAAGACAGGAGAGAAGAGUAGAGAUGAUGCUUUGGAAGCCAUAAAAGGAAACUUAGAUGGGUUUUCCAGAGAUGCUAAGAUGCAUCCUACUCCAGCAUCACACCCUAAGAAACCAGAUUAUCCCACAUCAUCUCAUUCUGCUAAAACUGUCUCCCCAUCACCCGCCUUUCUUGAUGAAGAAGAAUUCAGUGACUUUAUGCAGGGGCCUGUUGAAGCUCCCACAUGUGGGCCUUCUUCCACUUCCCAGCCUUUUCAGUCUUUCCACCCCACCGCCCCACUUGGCCAGUUGCAUGCUCAGAAGGCUGGAGCACAGUAUAUCCCUCCAGGUCAGAGUCCAGUGUCUGUUGCCUUACAUGGUGACUCUGGGCAAUUUCCUUAUUUCUCUGCUGCUUCAGCCUCAUACAAUGUGCAGAAAGCAGGCCCUUCCUUGGAGGAGAAGCUCCUAGUAUCUUGUGAUAUAAGUACAUCUGGGCAGGACCAAAUUAAAUUACAUACUUCUGAAGCUGGGCACAAAGCCCUAGGCCCAGGUUCCAGUAAGAACCAUCCCAGUUUAACGGCCAAUAACGGGGGUGCUGUAGAUGGACGUGUAAGUGGUACCACUACCGCAGAGGCAGAAAAGACUUCAGACCAAAACCUGUCCAUUGAGGAGAGUGGUGUGGGAGUAUUUCCCUCACAGGAUCCUGUUCAGCCCAGAAUGCCUCCUUGGAUAUACAAUGAAAGUUUGGUUCCAGAUGCAUAUAAGAAAAUUUUAGAAACCACAAUGACUCCGACUGGAAUAGAUACUGCUAAACUUUAUCCCAUCCUGAUGUCAUCUGGACUUCCCAGGGAAACUCUUGGACAGAUAUGGGCCUUAGCUAAUCGAACCACACCUGGCAAACUUACUAAAGAAGAACUUUAUACUGUUCUCGCCAUGAUAGCAGUAACACAGAGGGGUGUUCCUGCCAUGAGCCCCGAUGCUUUAAAUCAGUUUCCAGUGGCUCCUGUUCCAACUUUAAGUGGCUUUCCUAUGACUUUGCCUACUGCUGUGAGUCAGCCAACUGGGAUGCCUUCAGGCCCUGCAGGCUCCAUGCCCCUCACCCUCGGACAGCCAGUCAUGGGCAUUAAUCUUGUUGGACCAGUCGGGGGAGCUGCAGCCCAGUCUUCCAGUGGCUUCAUGUCAACUUACCCUGCAAAUCAGGUGGUCAAACCAGAAGAAGAUGACUUCCAGGAUUUUCAAGAUGCUUCCAAGUCAGGAUCCCUUGAUGACUCAUUCAGUGAUUUCCAAGAGUUGCCUGCUUCUUCAAAAUCAAAUUCUCAGCACGGAAACAGUGCUCCUUCUUUGUUGAUGCCACUUCCUGGAACUAAAGGAUCAGCUUCUGUGGAUAAAUAUGCUGUGUUUAAAGGAAUUGCAGCUGACAAGUCCUCUGAAAAUACUGUUCCAUUUGGAGAGCCUGGUGAUAAAUACAGUGCUUUCAGGGAACUUGAACAGACAGCAGAGAGUAAAUCUUUAGGAGAAAACUUUGCAGAAUUCAGAUCUGCGGGAAAUGAUGAUGGUUUCACCGAUUUUAAAACGGCCGAUAGUGUCUCACCACUAGAGCCACCGGCAAAAGACAACGCUUUUCCGGCAGCCUUCCCCUCGGGAGCUAUCCAACAGAAACCACAAACACAAGUGAAAAAUCCUCUGAACUUAGCAGACCUAGAUAUGUUUUCCUCAGUUACUUGCAGCAGCGAGAAACCAUUGUCCUUUUCAGCUGCAUUUAGUGCAUCAAAAUCUGUUUCCUCACGACCCCACCUAGCGGGAUCUGCAGCACCCAUGACGACAUUGGCGUCAACUAAAACUUCUAGUUUGGCUGAUGAUUUUGGAGAAUUCAACCUUUUUGGGGAAUAUUCUAGUCCAGCAUCUGUUGGGGAGCAGGAUGACUUUGCAGAUUUUAUGGCUUUCAGUAAUAGUUCUAUUUCAUCCGAGCAAAAGGCAGAUGACAAAUACGAGGCCCUUAAAGAGGAAAGUAGUCCUGUUCCUCUAAGCAGCAGCGUGAGCAGCACAGUAAAGGACGGACAGAACUCUGCCGCUGCGUCUACCAAAUACGAUGUCUUCAGACAGCUCUCUCUGGAAGGACCGGGGCUAGGUGUUGACGAGCUGAAAGAUAACCCUCCUUCAGGAAAGAGUGAUGAUGAUUUCGCUGACUUCCACUCCAGUAAAUUUUCUUCCGUGAACUCGGACAAAUCCCUGGGAGAGAAAGCAGCGGCUUUCAGACACACCAAAGAAGACUCUGCUUCGGUGAAGUCCUUGGAUCUCCCUUCCAUUGGCGGCAGCAGUGCUGGCAAGGAGGACUCGGAAGACGCACUCUCUGUCCAGUUUGACAUGAAACUGGCUGAUGUGGGAGGAGAUCUUAAGCAUGUCAUGUCUGAUAGCUCUUUGGAUUUACCAACAGUUAGUGGCCAGCAUCCUCCUGCUGCAGAUAUAGAGGACUUAAAAUGUGCUGCUUUUGGAACCUACAGUAGCAAUUUUGCAGUGAGCACACUUACGAGCUAUGACUGGUCAGACAGGGAUGAUGCCUCUCAGGGCAGAAAACUCUCUCCAUUUGUCCUCUCAGCAGGAAGCAGGGCCUCCUCGGCUGCCUCAGCUCUUCCAAAGAAAGAGACUUCAUUUGGCAGUACCGAAAACCUCACCAUGACAUCUCUCUCCAAAGUCACAACCUUCACAAGCGAGGAUGCUCUUCCAGAGACGACCUUUCCGGUUUUCGCCAAUUUUAAAGAUGUGAUCCCACAGGCCAGCGAGCAAAAGGAAUAUAAAAGCGGGGACCACAGGGAUUUCACCAGACAGGACCUGCCUGCGGCUGAACGGAGCCAGGAGGCCACGUGCCCAAGCCCAGCCUCCAGCAGCGCUUCUCACGACACCCCCAAAGAAUGUGCGGAUGACUUCGGAGAGUUUCAAAGUGAAAAGCCCAAAAUCAGCAAAUUUGACUUUUUAGUGGCCAAUUCACAAGGCAAAAUGAAAUCCAGUGAAGAAAUGAUCAAAAGUGAGCUGGCAACCUUUGACCUUUCCGUUCAAGGAUCGCACAAGAGGAGUCUGAGCCUUGGUGAUAAAGAAAUAAGCCGUUCUUCUCCUUCUCCGGCGCUGGAGCAGCCUUUCAGAGACCGCUCCAACACACUGAGCGAGAGGCCCGCCCUGCCCGUCAUCCGCGACAAGUACAAAGACCUGACAGGAGAGGUGGAGGAGAAUGAGAGAUAUGCAUAUGAAUGGCAGCGGUGCCUAGGGAGUGCCCUAGAGGUCAUUAAGAAGGCCAACGAUACCUUAAAUGGAAUCAGUAGUAGUUCUGUGUGCACAGAAGUCAUUCAGUCAGCUCAAGGCAUGGAAUACUUACUAGGUGUUGUUGAGGUGUACAGGGUAACCAAACGUGUGGAGCUGGGGAUAAAAGCCACUGCAGUGUGCAGUGAGAAACUCCAGCAGUUGCUGAAGGACAUCGAUAAAGUAUGGAAUAACCUGAUUGGUUUCAUGUCACUCGCCACACUCGCGCGAACACCCAUCAGGACUCAGCCACCGUGUUUCGAAGUUCUCAGAAGCAUUCUCUGCCACCACGCUCCUUUCCCCUUGAGUCGGCCUGAUGAAAAUUCACUGGACUUUUCCUCUUGUAUGCUACGGCCCGGGAUUAAAAACGCUCAGGAGCUUGCUUGUGGGGUGUGCCUUUUAAACGUGGACUCCAGGAGCCGGAAAGAAGAGAAGCCCGCAGAAGAACAUCCUAAAAAAGCGUUCAACUCGGAAACGGACAGCUUCAAGCUGGCGUAUGGAGGACACCAGUAUCACGCCAGCUGUGCAAACUUCUGGAUCAACUGUGUGGAACCAAAACCUCCCGGCCUCAUCCUGCCUGAUUUGCUCUGAAAUCUCCUGAAAGCUCCUGUGGGAAGUGCUAGCUGGGUUGGUUUGUUUUCCAUCACACCCCUUGGGGUGACAGGGACCAAUAAACAGAAUGCGAAUGCUGCAGAGCUCCCCCUACCACCAUCAAGCUACGCGAAGAAAUCCUCACGAGGUGGCGGGGGGAGGAAGUGCUGCAGAAGUUCCCAGUCUUUCCCACCGACGACCUUUGCCCCCAGGUUCCCACGGCCAGUCUUUGGGAUUCAAGGUAAAACUGCUCUACCCAAACUGCACUGGAAGUUUGCUGACUUCUCUCUAGUUCUCUUAAGAUGUUUUAAAACAUGGACCACAAUUUUCUUUAUCUAAGGAAUAUUUGCUGCUGCAGUAUUGAAACUGUGAAGAAUUGACACUUGAAGAAAAAUUAUUGCUAUAGGACUGGAGUUGGAAGGAUGUUUUGAGCCAGUGUUUGUGUGGAUCUAGAACACUUACUGUUCUGUGAAGUAGAAUGCAUUUAUCCACAUUUAGUUUGUUAAUAGCUGAAAUGAGUAAAAAGGGGGAAUUGUGAUUAAACUGAUAUUCUUUUUAUAGAAAAAAUUCUGUUUCUCUCCAUUGGACCAUGGCAGGUGGAUGAGGGCAGAUUUACCAGCUUUACUGUCACAACCGAACCAGUUCUCUCCUCUUUUCGUUCGUUUCUAAGACUGUCAACUUUUAAGAGAACUUUCUCAAAACAUGCCUGGGAACUUUGCAGUGAGAAGAAUGUUCAUUUUGACAGAGGCCUGAAUCUCGGUGUAUUGGGGUGAAUAUCGUUGCCCUUAGGCGCCUUCACUGAAAGCCUUGUUUUACCUCACACACAGACUGUGAACGUGAUACUUUUUUCAGAUGAGAUUUGGAAAGCCAGCUGAAUGAAACCUCUUUGCAGAGGCCUCUAGCCAAAUUUCCAGAAAUGACUGCACAGGGACCAAUACCGCAGUAUCUCUAUGAGAGACCGGGAAAUUAAUUCAGGGUUAGAAGGUGGAGCUCCUGGCCUAGCAAGGAGAAAAGUAAGUUGUGUAUUUGUGGUAGAGGCACGUGACUUAGAAGCAAAGGCAGGAAACUGUUCAAAAACAGCACUGAGGGCUUCCCUGGUGGCGCAGUGGUUGGGAGUCCGCCUGUCAAUGCAGGGGACACGGGUUCGUGCCCUAAUCCGGGAAGAUCCCACAUGCCGCAGAGCGGCUGGGCCCGUGAGCCAUGGCCGCUGAGCCUGCGCAUCCGGAGCCUGUGCUCCGCAACGGGAGAGGCCGCAACGGUGAGAGGCCCGCAGACCACAAAAAAAAAAAACCAGCACUGAAUUUUAGAAGGAAAAGGCUCAUGCUCUCUGGUGUAGGGAAUUUUCUUUGCCACUUAAAAUGAAUGCAUAAAAUAGGGGGAAAAAGCCUAGUGGUUAAAGACUGUGUUAUUCCUGGGAAGAACCCACCAAACUAGGACACACGUUUCUCUCAAUUGUUAAUCACGUGCUUUAUGAAGAGAUUUUGAAUCUUGUGUUUCACUUUGUAUGGCUUAAGCUCUCUCACCUAGACUUUGUUUUUAUUUGUAAACUGGAAAAGUUGGUUUUGUCUGUGUAAUUGCUGCUUUACAUAAUCAAUUAGAUCAUUUUCCCUCCUGAGGACAAAACUUGAGGAAAUUCUGUUUUGUUCCACCGUACUACCUUUUACUUCCAUCCGCUCCAAGAAAGGUAGACGACAUUUUCAUUCCCGAGCUGUUGAUGAGGCUUCUGCUUUACCUGGCUGCGCGCCCGAGUGCACAGAGAACUGUUGAUGAGGUAAAUCUGUUUUUCUCAUUUGCUCCAGAUGAUACCAUCGCCAGCUACUAAUGCCUGGGACAGCUGUCUCUGAAUUGUUACCUUUGCCCUCCACAGAGCCAGUGGGUGUUCGUGACAACACAAGUGGGCUGGUUUCUAGCAGGUUUUGCCUGAGGCCUCUGGGUUCCACUUUAGCCUGUGCAGCACCUAGGGUUUCAACACGGCACCAGAUUUCAAGCAGCCUUCUAAUUGGCCUUACACAUUCCAUGAUAGACCAUGAUAACAAAAUCUACCUUGGCGACAAGAAAUGUCUCCCAGUUUGACAGAAUUUACAUUGCAGAGACAUUUUUUGGAAAUGCUAUGUGGACUAUUAUUCUGUCACAGUGGUCCAUAUUGAUGACAUUUUUAAAAGUAUGCUCACCUGUUAACUAGAUUGGCUUCCAUUUCUAGAUAUAUUCCAGAACGCCUCAGGUAAAAUUCCUAAGUAUAAUUACUGCUGACCUUACCAAGUAUGAUAGGUUUAGUCACUCCAUGGGAAAAUACAGCAGACAUCAAUAAAAAGCCUUUGCUAUAAAGAGUAUUCACUACUUUCAGUAUCUGUUUAGUACUGGAAAUGUUUUAUUAGACCCACCAGUAAAGAUGUGGGGAGUGUGGAAUACCGUUGCAUUGAUUUUCUUUAUGCAGGUUUAUUAAAAUGAAUCAACACUGCAUUCAGCUUCAUCUCAGCGCUUGUUAGCCAAGAGCCCAGUGUCCCUGGAAACAGUAACCAAGGUUACUUACUUCCAUACAGUGCAUUGUACAAGCUGCUUCACCCCCCUUCUUGAGUGGCAGUUAGUAAGCACUGUUUUGGUGUUGUAUUUUGCCUUUAAAUUUUUUAUGGCUUAGUGUGUAAUUUUUGUCUGGACGUGCUUGCGGUAGAAGCAGCGUAGGCUGUAUUAGGAUAUUAUCCAUGCUUUAUUUUUCCUGUGGCUACUAGUUAGUUCAUAUAGGUUUCAUAUUUUAAAUUGAGUAUCUUUUGUGGGCAUAUGCAUAAUUCUUUGCUAAUUUACAGAUGCCUUCUACUCGCCUUUUAUUUAAUGACCAGCGUGUUCUUAAGCUUUGAAAAGAUUAUAGGGCCUUUAUCUUAUAGAAAUCUGAAAUGUUUGCUCUGCACUGGGGAUCACUACAGAAUAUCCCGUCACACCUUGGAGGUCACGUACCUUCCUUUGUGACCUUUAGCUAAUAAACUCCAACAUUUAGAUUGGAAAGGUGUUAGGCUUCCCAAGUGCUAAGUUACAUCCCAGUAGUGGCAUUUGCCAGGAUUUCUACAGGAAAUUUUUCUUAAUUACCAAGAACAUCUGUCAGCAGGUGUUUUCUUACUAUAUACAAUUUGAUUUUUGCACAUUUAUCCAAAGACGACCAGACUUAUUAGAGUUUGCCUUCAUACUGUAGAAGCCGUAGCCUCCACAGCCAGUUUUUUUCUGAUUGAUUUUUGAUCAUGUGCUGCUGAGGCAUUUAUGGGUUGCUCUGAUUUCCCAUAGAAACUAUUAAUUUCAUUUUAAUUUUCCCUUCUAGACAGUAAUGGUGCAUGUUUAUAAAAGUGGGCAAAUUGUAUAAAAUAAGAAAAGGUGGAAUUUAGAGGGAAACCAUUCACAAACCAGGUAAAAUCUGGAGGAUAUAAUGUAUAUAAAUAUGUGGCCAGUGGCAUUAUAUGUAGGGCUUCUUGCCAAACAAACAGACUGAAAAUCUAGGAAAUUUUUCUACAGAUAAGCAAGGAAAUGAAGUAAGACAAAGCUGUUGCUGGGACAAGCAGCUCCCCUAUAAAAGCAAGGAGCAACCUGGUAACGCCCAGUGGUUUCCCGGGAGCGUGGAAUAGAGAAGAGCUAAUAGAAACUUCUACCAAGUCCCAACCAGUUUCUGGGGGCUUCCCUGGUGGCGCAGUGUCUUAAGAAUCCGCCUGCCAAUGCAGGGGACACAGGUUCGAGCCUUAGUCCGGGAAGAUCCCACAUGCUGCGGAGCAACUAAGCCUGUGCGCCACAACUACUGAGCCUGCACUCCAGAGCCCACGUGCACAAUGACUGAAGCCUGCACACCUAGAGCCCGUGCUCCACAACAAGAGAAGCCACCGCAACGAGAAGCCCGCGCACCGCAAUGAAGAGCAGCCCCCACUGGCCACAACUAGAGAAAGCCCACGUGCAGCAACCAAGACCCAGUGCAGCCAAAAAUAAAUACGUUUUUAAAGUUUAUAAAAAAACAAGUUUCUCUGAUGGAGGACUCACUGCUUUGGUGCCCUCCAGUUCCCAAGAGACAACUGAAAACUGUACCUUUUAUUAGCGUGUACACUGUGCUGUUUCCUACUGUUCCAACACUGUGAAUGAUGUUAAUAUCUGCCCAUCUGCAAGGAUGGGCAACGCUGACAUGAUUCAGGUGGGAUGUCUGGUUUAAGGAGCAUUCAUAAUUAUCGCAGGAGCCGUAUUUUAAUAGCUGUUGGAGAGCAUCUUUUUUCCCUCAUCUGCACACAUACACACACACACACACCCUGAAAUUCUUAUCAGUAAAAAAAUUCCCAUAUGUUAAGCAGAUAUAUUUAUUAAAAAUAAUGCUAGUAUAGUCCUGGGGCACACUGAUUCCAACAGGGUGUUUGCAGAUUUCGUUAUAAUUAACAGCUAAAUAAUAAAGGCUUUUUUUUUUAACUUACAGAAUCACUAAAUGAUUGAUAGGGGGAAAGGAAAGAGGGCUGAUCCAGUAGAGGCUGACACUGGUAUCAAUGUUCCCUAAGCAUUUGUUUGGUCGGCAGCCUUGGGCAAAGCUUGUAUCUGAAGGGUUAAUCGGGGCCCAAAGUGAUUUUUGCACUGAGCUCCUCCCAUGAUGCCAAAAGGCAUGGGAUUGAGGAUAGAGCGGAGCCAGUUUAUUAAACUGUUCAAAUCCUUAAAAAUGAUUAAAAGCCAGUUAAAGAUUUUCAUAAACACUAUUCCAAAAUGUUAGUUUUAAAAAUGUCAGUAGCCAUGUAAGCAUUCCCCUUACGUUCCUCCCGUCCCUCCCUUCUCUCUUAAGAUAGACGUGAACACGCAGUGUGAAAAAGCACUUCAGGGAGAACCAGAAGUCGACCAUCUGGAAAGAAAGGUGAAGAGGGGAGCAGACGCGUGCGGCAGGUGCUGGUGCUGCUCGAGGGGCUGCUGAUGCAGGCUUUGGUGACUUAUAUCCCCCAGUAAGGCAUCAGGUGUCGGGACUCCUUCUCGUAAACGUCUGGAACUAUGCCAUAAGGUGUCUGUACCAUUUUAACUGUCGACUUCCCGAAGAGCUGGCGUUCGUAGUCUAUCAGCUGCCUCCAGAAGCCCACGUUGGGCCUGAUGACGGGCCUCCGGGCUUUCACCCAGGUGUACGCCUCCAGCAGGCACACGUUGUGGUAUUUCAUCAGGUAUGCGAUGCAGAGCGUGGCCGAGCGGCUGACCCCUGCAGCACAGUGCACCAAGGUGGCCCCGUGUUUCCUGCUCACGCUGUGGAUCUUGUCAGCCACGGUGUCGAAGUACAGUCCAAUGGGGGCAUGAGGCAUGUCAGCCAGAGGCACUUUAACAUACUCAAACUGGGGCCAGUUGAAAUUGGGGAUCUCGAUGGUUGCAUUAACGAUGCAGGUGAUGCCCCGAGCCUGGAGGAGGUGCCGGUUGGAGGCUAUACUGCCUCUGCCCAGGAAGAGCGAGGAAGUGAUCUGAGCAAUGCCUCCUAUGUCCCCCUCAGAGAUCAUCCGAGGGGCCAUGAGAGUCCGCGGCAGCGUGCUGUGACCUCUGGAGCUCAUGAAGACGCCAGCAAUCACACUUGCAUCAUUGGAAGCAAGACCGGAGUGUUUUGUUCUCCUCCACCAAGGAACUGGAAAUCACAGUCACUUCCCUGCAAAAUACAGGUUAUGUCAGUACUUUAAAUGCCACUGAUUCAUCACAGCCUUCUGCAGUGUUUGUGGAAUGGGAAGGUAAAAGGAUUGGAAAUGCUUAUCUUGUAUAAUAGUGUGUUCUUUCCAGGAGGUAGACAAAUCAUUUUCAUCGAUUAACAGUUAGUUAGGAAAAGUAGUCUAAGAUGCCAAUAUGCAAAACCAAUGUAAAAGCACUCUGGUGAUUUUUUUUUUUUUUCCUAAAGGCACUAGAUAGAAAGUCAUCCUAUUUUAGGAAAAGUUAAAGACAGAAAGAAGCCCAACUAAUCCCUGAACAACGACCUUGCCGGGUCUUGCUCUUAUUGAAGGGAGUUGUGUUCCCUGGUAAUCAGGAAGAAAUCAGAACUUGUGAUCCUUUCUGUGGCCAUGUUCUUUCAUACACUUCUUGCCUACCUCCACAGUCAUGAUGGCCAUAUUUUCCUAAACCUAAAUCUAGACAUAGAGAUCGUACAUGGAUUAUACUUACAAAGUAUAAAAACGAUAUCGCUUUAGGUAAUACAUCCAAUGCAUGGCCUUUGUGGACUAAAGAGAUACUGAAUUGGAUCAGUUACAGAAAAGCCAGGACAUAUGGUCACCUUAGCCCUUCAUAAUUUAAAAAAUAGCUAACUCUAUCAUAUUUGUGACAUUGGAAUACCUGUGCUAUGUCAUUUCCAUGGAAACAAUCCUAGGCAAUUUGAAGGCCAUGGUCUCAAAAAUUCAUUCGUCUAAGUUAAUGAGCAUUUUAGCUGACCUGACCCUGGGUGUGGCUAAAUAACUUCACCUUCCUCAGCCAAUUCUAAGCUCCAAGAUGUAUCCCACUGGCUUAAGAUGUAUUGGAAUUAAAAAUUAACACUUGAACAUCUAUAUUCUUUCAUUAGUACAGUGGUUAUUAUAAAAGACAUUCAAUAUUAUAUAAUCUCUAUAUAGUCUCUCAUACCACUUUAUAGUCUGUGCCCUCUGAGAAGUGUGCUGAUCCCCACCCAGGGUACCGCAGGGAUGCCCACAGUGAUUUCAGUUAGACAAGAACAUCCCCGGUUCCACAGACCGGUGAUGCUGGGACUACUCACUUGAGGAGUCUGAUUACUCUGGAGUCCUGCGUCUGCAAAGUCCUGAGAGAGAGAGUGUGCUGGUCAGAGUGGAUACAACUCAGAUCUGCAGAAAGACAAAGAGGCAAGAAUAUGGUCAAUCAGGAAGUUCAAGAGAAUUCCUCCUGGGUUUUUACUACGAAAUUGGGUUUGACUGGCAUAAAUCUAGGAAGUGGAAAGCCUGUUAAAUACAUCUCCAUGUGCCUCUAAAGAACGUGCCAGUAAGAAGUAUCAACCCAAGUCUCAGACUUGUGUUAAUGCCACGUAACCCAUGGUGUGAAAAACAUUAAGUGCCGUUUUGGCCACAACCAAGAGGAAUUUGAGAGGAGAUUCAGAGACUACAACGUGCUGAAAUGUAAGGCUCUGCUCACGGGGCCAGCAGGAGGCGUAGAGCGAGCUGGAAUCUCUUCCCUGUGCCCACAGCCCACCUGGCAGUGCGGGACUGUGUGCAGCGUGCUAGAUGCUACAGUGGGUGCAGCAGCCGGGCCAGGUGCCCGCAGCCAGCCAGCUUUGCGAAGAGCCGUGCUGCAGAGGUGGCUGCAGCUCUGAACGUCAACUGCAGGAGGUGCUGGUGGUGGACAGCAAUUUGAAAUUGCUUUCAUUUUGUAUUCUCUUCCAGGUUGGCCCUCUUAUUUACUCAUUUAUGUAACAAUAUGAACACCAAUCAGUAUCAUUAAAAAUGUGUUCCUUCCCCAGUGGCAUGCAAAUCAAUGAAGUUAGAACACACCCUCACAAAACAUAACUCCAAAUGGCGUAAAGACUUAAACAUAAGACAUGACACCAUAAAACUCCUAGAAGAGAACACAGGCAAAAAACAUUCUCUGACAUAAAUUGUACCACUGUUCUCUUAGGUCAGGCUCCCAAGGCAACAGACAUCAAAUGAAACCAUAAACAAAACAAAACGACAACCUACAGACUGGGAGAAAAUAUUGGCCAAUGAUGCCACUGACAAGGGCUUAAUUUCCAGUAUAUACAAACGGCUUAUAUGACAACAACAAAAAAAACAACACAAUUGAAAAAUGGGCAGAAGACCUAAAUAGACUGCUCCAAAGAAAUACAGAGGGCCCAUAAGCACAUGAAAAGAUGCUCAACAUCGCUAAUCAUUACAGAAAGGCAAAUCAAAACUACAAUGAGGUACCACCUCACACCAGUCAGAAUGGCCAUCAUCAGAAAGUCUACAAACAGUAAAUGCUGGAGAGGGUGUGGAGAAAAGGGAACACUCCUGCACUGUUGGUGGGAAUGUAAACUGAUACAGCCACUAUGGAGAACAGUAUGGAGGUUCCUCAAAAAACUGGAAAUAGAGUUGCCAUAUGAUCCUGCAAUCCCACUCCUGGGCAUGUAUCCAGACAAAACUAUAAUUUGAAAAGAUACAUGCACCCUUAUGCUCAUAGCAGCACUAUUUACAACAGCCAAGACAUGGAAACAAUCUAAAUGUCUAUCGAUAGAUGAAUGCAUAAAGAUGUGGUACAUAUAUACAGUGGAAUACUACUCAGCCAUAAAAAAGAAUGAAAUAAUGCUAUUUGCAGCAACAUGGAUGGACGUAGAGAUUCUCAUUCUAAGCGAAGUCAGAAAGAGAAAAACAAAUACCAUAUGAUAUCACUUAUAUGUGGAAUCUAAAAUACAACACAAAUGGGCAUAUCUACGAAACAGACUUACAGACAUAGAGAACAGACUUGUGGUUGCCAAAGCGGGGUGGAGGGGAA